AUGCCUACAACCGGAGGCAACGCAGAGAUCGUUGCAAAAAGAGGCGAUGUCAUACUCCAAUCGGGCCGAGACGGAGUCGGAGAAGGAUUUCGCAACAUCCUCGUGUCGUCCGUGGUUCUCGGCCUCGCUUCACCAGUCUUUGCGGCUAUGUUCGACGGCCGCUUCUCUGAAGGCCAGAAUCUCUCGCCGGCUUCACCACGCACUGUCCCGCUUCCAGAUGACGAUCCUGAGUCCAUCAUCAUGAUCUGCAAGAUCGCACACAUGCAGACUUCGGAACUUCCCAUCAAGCUCGCCGCCACCGUCUUGUCCAAAAUUGCGCUUGCGUGUAACAAGUACGAUUGCGCGAAUGUGGUUCGUUCAUGGGCUAUCAUCUGGAUUGGCGCCCUUCUCGAAGAUCUCGAAGCUCCAGAUUUCGAAAAGAUGCUUCUUACCACACAUCUCCUCGAGUUGCCGAGAGAGUUCUUCAAAGUCUCUCAGAGAUUGCCGAGCUCGACAAGAUUUAUGAUGCGGUGGAUGGUCUUUGCUUAG